UGCCAGGCUUGCCAGCCAACUCAGAAGGGGGCAUAAAACGUUCGCCUCCCUAGUCUCCCUCAUGUACUCUCUCUUCUUUUGCAAGAGCACCAGCCAUGAAGCAGCCGCAGCCGGCGCAGCCAAGGGAGGCCGCAGCAGUAACAAAGCCCUAGGCCGCCAGCUGCCAGCUGGUUGAGAGCUGGUAUUUGGGGGGUCGGAGGCCACGCAGAGCGAACAGUGGUCACUGGAGGCCGUCAGCCGCCCCCGGCGGUGGCAUGGAACGAAUGGUGAGCCGCCUGCUUGACGGCAAGAAGCUAGAGCGGGAGGCGGCGCUGGCUGAGCUGCAGCGAGCCGCCCCCGGUCUGCCCCCGGCCGAAAAGGCCACCCUUGUUCAACAGGUCACGGCUCCUCUUGAGCGCGAUUCCUCCGCAUCCAGGGACGCGCUGAUUGGGUGUUUAGGCGCCGCUCGCAUUUUGGCGCCCCAUCUGGCCAACCCUGCCGCCUCCCUUCUGCCUCCGGCUCUCCGCCUCCUCAAGGAACACCCGACUGACCUUUGCAUUCAAACGGCUGCGGGCGAGCUAAUUGGAGCUCUGGCACAGAAACAAGGGCCUCAAGUGUACGAAGACAGCAAAAAGCAGCUAUUAGGGAUGAUAAGGAAAGGAAUGGAAAAUGACCCCAGUAACUCUCAAAUUGAGGGUGACACUGCUGAUCAGAUUUUGCACGCCGACAUAACCUGUUUUGGCAGCUUGGAGGCUGCCCUCCGAACAAUACAAGGGGUGGCCGAGGCGUGUCGUGGUCGAAUGGCGCCCUUUGUGGACAUUGAGCUUUUGCAACUGCUCAACAGUGCCCUGGGCCACAAAAUUCAUUCCCCCAGAGAGGCAGCGUUUUAUUUGGCCGCCUCUUUGGCCACUUCUCUUGCAGAAGCGGAAAAAAACUCUCACGAAGGGUUAAUUCAUUUUGGGGACGUUUUGGCCUCACGACUGGCCUCUGGUCUUGCAGACGAGUGGAGUCCCGUCCGCUUGGCCGCUUCUGUUGCUGUCAGAAGGUUUCUCUGCGCGCUACCCGACAAAAGCAGGAAAAAGUUCUACCACACUCUCCUCCCCAGAAUGUGCCUUAAUCGCUACUACGCAGCGGAAGGUGUGAGAAUUUACUCUCAGGAAACGUGGCGACAAGUGACAGGAGCCCUUGGUCGCGACCUGGUUAUCCAGAACCUGCCUCAGGUCAUCGACUUUUAUUGUGAAAGCGCCAACGCACAGUGCCAUGCAGUCCGUGAGGCGGCUUGUUCCUGCAUUUCAGAGGUGGCCUCCAAACUGCCCCCGGAGGCAGUCCGCCCCUUUGUCCACCGACUUCUGGACGCCCUUUUGCAAGCAUUUGACGAUGAUAGUUGGCCUGUCAGAGAUGCUGCGUGCUUGGCGUGUGGCAGUGUCGCCUCGAAUUUUCCUAAAGAGUGUGAGUCCAGUCUUCUCACACUCUUUCCACUGUUUUACCGAAACCUCGAGGACGUGAUUCCCACUGUUCGUGCUGGAGCUGCAAAUGCACUGGCCGGCGUUGCCAGGGCUAGAGGGUCACCUGUCUUGGAGCAGAUUUUCGAAAGAGCCCUGAAAGGUCUGCAGGGCCUUGAAAAGCAGCCUGAAGACGUCUUCAAGGAGAACAAACAGGGGGUGAUGUGCUCCAUGAAUCCUAGAAUGAGCAGAACAGGCAGCAUGGAUCACAGGUUUUGCAGGCCGUCACAGCCAUGGGAAUUUGCUGACGGGUGUGUGAUGCUAUUUGCCGAGUUGUCUAUGGUUCCGAGCGCAACUAACACUGUAGCUGCUGCCCUUCCUAAGUUGGCCGAAGCCUGCAGACUUCGACACUAUUCCUCUCACCUGACUUUUCUGGAGACGGUUUGCAAAAAUUUGCCCACUAUUGCUAAAGGUGUUGGCAGAAAAAAUUUCAAGCAGCAUUUGGAUGAGUUUUUUGACCCAAUAUUUUAUGCUCUGGAGAGUGAAAAUGCUUUGACCUCAAGCGCAGCAAGUCAGUGCCUCAACCAGCUGAGCAGUCUGAUUGGACCGGGAGUCCUGAGGGCCAGAGUUGAGGCAAACUGUCCUCACCACUUGAAGCACCUGCAUGCCAACCUUUUUAUCGCUCCAUAUUAGAUCGCAGCCACCAAUACUUCUGAUGCUCUGUGAUAAUCUUGCUACUUAUUUUUGAACAUUCCUUUUCUUUUUUCCUAAAGCAGAAAUAUCACCUUUCUAACAACUGACAAAUAGUGAGUCACCAUGCUUUUGAAGCUAUUAUUGUGAUUUCUGCACUUGAAGACUUUCAAAAUCUGUCCAAAAUUUUAUCUGGUGCUGAAUUUGAGACUAAUUCUAAGCUAAAUGGAAUUCAACCACAGUGGAAGUCCUGCAUUCUGUUGUCAAAUGUUUUAUUCUAUUAUGUGCAGAUAAUAACUUGAUUUUUAUGAUAAUUUUGCUCUAGCAUUAUAUUAUCUCAGCCUGGUAUAUCUUAAAUUUGCAAAAUUUUAAAUUUGCCGCACUUGGUCAAAUACUAAUUAUACAAAAUGUGCUGAAAAAUUUAAUGGAUGUUAAUUAGAGAGCGCACAAAAGCAAACAAGCUUAGUAGGCAAUGAUGUGGCUAGGACUUAAAAUGUUGAAAAGCACUUAUAUAUUUGACGACAGUUUUUAAUAUUUCAUUCUGAUCGAUGUUCAUUUUCUUGACCUGCAGUUUCUUUCAAUUGCAUAGACACUUACAUAAAAAUUUAGGCAAGCCGGGGCUGAUCUACUUACUAUAUAGUCUAGAAGGAGUAAUAAAAUUUCAAUGUCAAUGUAAAAAAAAACAAUGUAAUAGCGUGUUGCAUUAAUAUUCAUUCCUAAAUAUUUUAUUUAAUAUUAUGAUGGCGUAAAACAAUAACAUUAAUUGCCUUAACUAUUAGUUUGAUGUUUUAUUAAGUUCGAACUAUUAUAGAUAGAGAAGACUAAUAAAUUUAUUAUGGCACU